AUGGCGCAUGGUUUCUCUCGCGUUCCUUGGGUUCGCAAGCCGUCUGGCGAGUCUCGACAAUGGUAUGCUGACCUAUCAGGGUCCGGUGCCAGCAGGGCCUCAUGCCCCACCUGUGGUUGCAAGAAGAAGAAGAAGAAGAAGAAGGAGCACAACUGCUUCUGUAAGCACUGCCUCCAGCCCUUGGCGUUUGUGGAGCCGUCCGCUCCACCUGCGGCCGCUGGUGCCUGGGCCAGCCUACCGCCUUUUGGCUCUUUCCCUGCACACGGUGAGGGCGGCACGGGCGGAGGCAAGCCCACGGACCACCCCAAGGGCGGCAAGGGCGGCAAGGUGGGCAAAGGCAAAGACCUCGGAGGUGGCGAUUCGGCUAGCCAGCGCCAUGGGCCCAAGCCUCAAGGCCUUCAGGCGACGGGCCCGCCCCAGGGAGACCGAGGCGACGGGCCCGGAGGCCAGCCACGCAUGCUACGUCUCCAGCUUGGCCACUCAGGCUGGCUUCAGCGCGCGCUCGGCCGCGGGCUCGUGGACCAACUACUCCAAAGACGACACCCCAGCGCUGCAAGAACUUGCAGCCAACUUUCGUCGGCUCGGUGA